AUGGCAGACUCAACGAGCUCUGCUGCGCCCUCGGGCGCGAGCAAGCCCCAAGCGGCCCCGAAGCCGCCUAACCCGGUGUUCAAAAUGAUGGGUCUGCCUAAUAUGCGGUUCAAACUGCCAUCUCGCAACUGGAUGAUCUUCCUUACUAUUACUGGAUCAUUCACCGGUGCCAUCAUGUACGAUCGCCGGGAGAAGCGUCGCGUGCAACAGAAGUGGUCAGAGCUCGUGGCUCAUAUUUCGAAAGAGACUCUACCAGUCGAUCAGAUGCGCCGGAAAAUGACAGUAUACCUGGCUGCGCCACCGGGAGAUGGCCUGCGUGUGGCUCGGGAUCACUUCAAGGAAUAUGUCAAGCCUAUCCUGGUGGCCGCGGCAUUGGACUACACGGUGAUUGAAGGGCGACGUGAGGGCGACGUGAGAGCUGGCACGGCGGAAAACAUUCGCAAGCAGCGCCGAAAGGCCGGUGAACCUAGCUCAACUGUUGAGGAGGUCGGUGUGGAGGCUGUCAUUGCUGCCACCCGGGAACACAUUGGGGUCACUGACGAACCCAGCCCCAAGGGCGACUUGGUCAUUGGCCGACACACCUGGAAGGAGUAUAUCCGGGGCUUGCACGAGGGCUGGCUCGGCCCCUUGGAUGCGCCACCUCCGCCUCCGGAGGAGGUGAAGGAGUUGGCCGCGGAUACAGUGGAGGACGUGAGUGCGGACAAACCCGUUAGUCUCGCGAGCCCCGAGAUUGCGAGCAUCGAUUCCCCCGAGUUCUCCGAAGAGAACAAAGAAGCGAUCCCCGAGCCUAAAAUCGAGGAACCCGAGAAGGAAGAAGAGAAAGAAGAAGAGAAGAAACCUUCCAAGCCAGCCGGUCCUACUCCUGCAUACAUCUACCCCAGCGAAUACUCAUCCGCCAUUCUCCCCCACACCAUCCCCCAAUCCUUCGAUAGCUCCGCCCCAGUCGAAUUCCCCCAUAUCCUUGGCUUCCUAAACACCCCGAUCCGAGUCUACCGCUUCCUCACACAACGUCACCUUGCCGAGGACGUCGGGCGCCAAGUUGCCGCAGUUGUCCUCGCAAAUAGCGCGCGCCCAUACCGCGAGGACACCCCCACAGACUCGGAGCCCACCGCCGCCAGCGUUGAGCCCAAUCCUUCUCUUGACACCUCGUUCACCGACCUCCCACCUCGCAAUUAUGAGCAACAAACCGUAAUGCAGGCUGCGGAAAGUGAGUGGCACAAGUCUGUGCACAAGCACGAAGAAGACGAGAAGGAGCGCGAGUGGCUCGAUGAUAUUGUGCUUGAUCAGCGUAUUGCCUCGCGCAUGCAGCGCGCCACCCUUUCUCCGGAAGAUGAGGCGCGCGCUCAGCGUAUCGGCGAGAAGCAGGAAUACAUUCUUGGCGAGGAGCGUCCAACUCCCGUGCCUUUCUGGAAGCGCAUGUGGAUCGAUUACGGCUACGGCGAGAGUGAAGAGGCCCUGAGACGUAAGCCCAUUUUGGGUAACAUUGACGAAGAUGUACAGUGA